GACCUUCAAAAGCUGUUCAGAAGCCAACAGCUUUUGAUUUUGUCUUCUUGAGUCUAGAGCUGAUGAAAAGCUUCUCCGAUAGUAGUUCUCAGAGCUGACAAGACGAUGUGCCAGAGAUGCUUUCAGGUACUUCCACUUGAACACUUGAAGGUGCCCACAGAAUCACAGAUCGAUUGCAUGUUGUACACUUGUUGUGAAGCCUUCAGCCACAAUGCUGUCUUCACAGAAGCACAAUUGGAGCGUCAAAACUUUGAAGCCUUCUUUUUUGAGCUGUUGCUCAAGGGCCCAGGGCACGUGCUCAUCGUGCCAGCGUAAAAUGGCGCCGCCGGGCUUUGCAUGGCCUUUCCUGGCAAUAGGAACAGCCUUAGCAGCAGGGGUCUUUGAAGUGGACAAGCCAGCAGCAUGUUCAACCGCAUCAUGGACUACUGCGUGUUUUGGUGCUGCGACUUGUGAGUCUCUAUCCGGUGCAGGCUUGCAAUGUGACGCUUUGAACCAGUUAGGCACCUGCGGCACUGUCUGUGCGGAACCGUGCUGCAUCACAACCACUAGCACGACCAUGACUCUGACAAUGACAGCUACCACACUCACAACGACUGAGACCACUGUGACCCGGUCCUCAAUCACAGUGACACACACCAGCACCGAAACACAAACAACCAGCCAGACUGAUACGACGAUCAGCACGACAGGAACCACAGUGACGUCAUCAUAUACAGGAAGCUCAAUCACCCGCACAGUGACAAUGACAAGAACUCACACCAUGACCAUGACCUCCACGGUCUCUGAAACUGAGACCUCCACACAGACCACAACUGAGGUGCCAACCACAACACAAGGUGCAGCUGCCAAGAUCACUGUGACUAUGAGUGUGACUGUUCCAUCGAAUGAAGCCCAGAGCUAUGUGCAAGACUCCAGAGUUAGCAAAGCAUACAAAAAGGUGAUGGAGAAAGUCACAGGUCUCAGUUCUGAUAUGGUAGACGUCGAAUUGGAGCACUCGCAGCCUACCAAAGAUGGCAACCUCACUGUCACCUACACCCUCACCAUUCCAUAUGAAGACCAAGGAAAUGGAUUGGUGGCAGCUGUUCCACUAAAGGAUGUCCAGGACAAGCUUGCUGGGCUCGAUUUGGAAAGCCUCAAUGCCAUGCUCGAUGAGCAGGUGGCCGCAGCUACAGGCUCCGGCAAGUACACUCAGGAGGUUGAGCGAUUACGAGAGGACCAAACCAGCGUGGUCAAUGGUGCUGUCAUACACUUUUCCUUUGCCACCUCUAUGUUGGUGUACUUUGCUGCCGUGUACUUGAAGGCCAUCUCUUGACAAGGACUUGAGUGAGCCUUUGUGCAUCCUUGUUUACGGCAUUCUCCUUGCUUUUGUUCAGCAAAGUUUUCCAGCUUGAAGCGACCUUUUGCUGAAACUGCCGGAGGACGCCCCGUCCAUCAGCGCUAGGCUUUUUGGACUUGACCCAAAAUAUCAAACUUUUGGGUCUGGCGUCGACUCGCGUCCGACAACGGACCUUACAGUUAGCCUCAUGAACGUGAGACGUCUUUUCUCACCAUGCAAACGCAGACGGUGAGCGCCAAGCGAGAAACCCCAAGAAGACAAUAGAGAGGAUGAAAAA